GCCAGACGCGAAGGGGGCGUGGUCUCGCUCCCGUCGUGCUGCUCGCGCAAAUGGCGCCGUUUGAACGGGGCCCGAUUCCGUCUCCCGCGCAGCUGCCUCAGCGCAGCCGCCACUCGCCGUAAACAAAACUUCUCGCCUCUCACUCAACUCCGAGCCGGAAUCGCUCUGCGCCUCUCGUCAUCUAUAAAAAGAAACAUUCAUCACCGUCUCUGGAGUUUGAUGGGAGGGAGGAAGACGGAGGUGCAGGAUACGCGGAGCCAUGGACUCGGUUGUGGGAGACGACCCCAGCCUGCCCGGGGACCUGAGCAGCAGCCUGUCCCGCCUGCAUGAGCUGACGGGCGUGGAGCCCGGGGGGCUGCUGGGCAUGGAGCUCGGGGUGGAGCCGGGCGGACCGGGAGGGCUGGCGGGAGGGACUCAAAUCUCACCCACACGCGCCCGCACCAUGAAGGACUACGAACAGCAAAUAGCGGAGCUAAAGAAGGAGAACUUCAGCCUGAAGCUGCGCAUCUACUUCCUGGAAGAACGCGUGCAGGAAGGCUGCGAUGGCGCCACGGAAGAUGUCUACCGGACGAACAUCGAGCUCAAGGUGGAGGUGGAGAGCCUCAAGAGAGACCUAAGGGAGAAGCAGAAUCUGCUCGUCAAGGCCUCCAACGCGGUGGAGACGUUGGCUGGGAGCAGAGAGGCAGAGAUCUCGCGAUUGCAUCAGCAGGCGCGUCAGGAGAUGCAGCAGCUGCAGGGGCAGCUGCGCAAGCUGCAGGAGGAGUUGGAGCAGGGCCGGGAGGAGCUGGGCCACAUGGCCAGGCUGGCGCAAGCGGAGAGGGAGCGCGGCCUGGAGCUGGAGGCUGAGCUCGGGGAGCUCCGUGCAUCGCACCAGCAGCAGCUGCAACAGUUGCAGCUGCAGCAGCAGUCCUCAUUGUCACCACCGCCGUACCAGCCGCAGGGACAACAGCAGCAACAGCUCCAGCAGCUAGCACACGGGCGUGAGGCCCAUACAGGAAGGAGGUCCGUGGCGGUCGGGCCUAAUGACAGUCCCGAGCGAGCCGGCGCUACCGAGGAGAGGGGUGGCCGGGCGAGCGAGGGCCCCCCGCCGCUAGCGGAGGGAGACGAUGGCUCGUCGGAGGGCUGGGGGUCGGGGCCGCCCAGCCCGUGGAUGCGCGUCGAGAAGCUGAAAAGGACGCUGCAGGAAAACCGUGCUACCAGCGAUGCGCUCAUAAAGGACCUUCAGCGGGAGAAGGUGGAGAAUCAGCAGCAGCAAGAAGUGAUUAAGAAGAUGACCGAGGAGCGGGAGGAGGAGGCCGGGCGGCUUCAGCGCUCUGCCGGGGAGAUGGCGGCCGCGUUGGCGAAGGCGCAGGCGGAGGCGAGGGAGUUGCAGGAGCACGUGCGCCAGCUGGAGAGUGCCGGCAAGGAGCUGCAGGAGAAGCUGGCGGAGAUGGCGUCGGAGCUGCGAACGCAGGAGCAGAAACGCGCUGAAGCGAGACCGUGCCAUCCAGGGCCUCUCGCUCGCCCAUGA